AUCAAAUAAAGGUUUCUUGAAGUGCGGUUCUGCGUCAUCCCGUGCCCCACGCAAAGAAUCACAGGGGGGUGUUUAUGGUGACAUUUCCUGCUCUUAUAAAAUCAGGCUUGCAGGCUAGACUGUGUGUGAGCCUUCUACAGCCGACCGAAUCUGUGCAGCUCACUAUUGAUCUGGUUCACAAUGACCAGAACCAAACUCUUCUGCAGAUGUCAACCGUACAUGAACUCCAUCACUGCCUUGACUUUCAGGCUCCCACAUUUGAUUCAGUGCAAGAAAUCAAAGUGGUGGCUCGAGGGAAAAACACUCUUCUGACUGAAACCAGAAAAGUUAAAUUUCUAACCGUUAAACCACUGACAAUAAUUCGUACAGAUAAACAAAUCUAUAACCCCGGACAAACAGUCCAUUUCAGAGUUUUCACAAUGGACACAGAAUUUAAACCAGUUGAUACUCAAUACAAUACUGUUGCAAUACAGGACAAUAAAGGAAAUAGAAUUAAUCAGUGGAUUAAUGCCAGAGCCACCCAUGGCAAGAUUUUGCAACUUUCUCACGUACUAAAUCCAGAGGCUUCUGUUGGUUUGUACGAGGUGUCUGUUGAGACCAACAAAACAACGUUUAAAGAACAGUUUCAAGUUAAAAAGUAUGUUUUACCGAAGUUCGAAGUGAAAAUAAAACAACCUGAGACAGUGAGAGCAAACGAAGAGGAUGUGGCACUGGGGGUGUGUGGCCGCUAUACCCAUGGACGGCCAGUUCUGGGUAAAGUGAAAAUGAGUCUCUGCGCUACCAUGCCUUUCUAUGUAAAUGCAGAUAGGUUUUCACAUUGUGUUAAUAGAUCAGCUGUGCUAAACGAGACUGGCUGUGUCUCUCAGAUGUUCAACAUAUUUGACAUGGUCAAAAGAACAAAUCUGUAUAUGUUUCCAAAUAUUCUUAAAUUCACUGCAUCAGUUACCGAGGAGGGGACAGGUAUGUCCGAAAGGGGUAGUGAAAGUGUGCCUAUAUCCUAUUCAAUUGGUAGCAUCACAUUUCUUGAUGAGCCAGAAUACUUUAAAAAUGGACGUUAUAUAAAGGGAAAGGUUAAGGUUGAACUUUUCAAUGGGACCCCAGUUUCUAAGUCUAAAGUCAAUUUUCUUGUGAACAGUUUAAUUUUGACUCCAGCUUACCCAGUUAUCACAGACAUUAAUGGAAUGGCUGAUUUCACAAUUGAUAUACCUCCUGUGGUGAAGACAUCUUUUACCAUAUUGGCAAGCACUACAUCAGAGAAUCAGUUUGGCCCUCCAUUCUAUUUUGAAAAUGUAUUAAAAACACUACAACUCCAAGAACAACCCAAGGCAAAAAAGAGUCAACUGACUAUAAAGACUCUACCAGAACCACUGAAGUGUGGGGUGGUGACUCCAGUAACCGUCCAGUACACUGUUGAUGGUUCUGUGACUAUAGUAUACCUGAUUUUAUCAAGAGGAGAGAUAAUCCAGCAGGGGUAUAAAAGAGUUACAGUGACAAACUCUGUAUUGGAGGGAGAGGUCUCAUUUAGGGUGCACAUUCAUCCCAAGAUGGCACCUAAGAUGGAGUUUCUCGCGUAUUGUGUGCUGCCCAGUGAGAUUGUACUAGCCGCUUCCAAAACCUUUCAAACUGAGAAAUGUCUUAUAAACAAGGUGUCUGCACAGUUUUCUCCUGCUACAGCAAUUCCAGGUGAAGAAAACACUCUUCAGCUUUCAGCUCAGCCUGGUUCACUGUGUGGCCUCACUGGUGUAGAUCAGAGUGUUCUCAUCAUGGAGAAAAAUAAACGUCUAAACGUUGACAAUGUCUUCAGUAUGCUUCCAGACAUAUUUUUACCAUAUGACAUUGAAGAUCCAGUAGAAUGCCUUAAUAUUAGAGCCAGAAGAAGUAGAUAUAGUCCGAUAUUACCUUACCCGUCUGUGCCAGAGAAUACAGCAGAUUCUGUCUAUGAGUUGUUCAGAAACAUGGGAUUGAAGGUGGCAACAAAUUUGAUUGUUAGAAUACCGCCUUGUGUUAAACUCAGAGAUAUAUUGUAUCAAAGAGUAUAUAGUGGAUAUCCCUCUGCAUUUGUGCCAGAAUGGCCAGUUGCAUUUGAGAAUUUUGGACAAGCAGUUGGAAUACCAGAAAGUGGAAGACCAGCGUUUGGAAUAGCAGGAGCUUUUGCCGGAGUUCCAGGAAUGGUUGGACAGGGAUUAGGUGGAGUAGGAGUUGGAGUUGGAAUAGGAGUCCCAUAUGCAGUUCCACCUAUUGAAACAAUUCGCACAUUCUUCCCUGAAACUUGGAUCUGGGACCUUGUUGAGGUUGGGGACUCAGGAUCAACACAGGUACCUGUGAAGGUUCCUGACACCAUCACCACCUGGGAGACGGAGGUCUUCUGUCUGUCCUCUGAAGGUCUGGGUCUGGCUCCUCCUGCUCAGCUGACAGUUUUCCAGCCCUUCUUCCUGGAGCUCUCUCUGCCUUACUCCAUCAUCCGUGGAGAGAUCUUUGAGCUGAAGGCCACCGUCUUCAACUAUCUGUCCAAGUGCAUCAUGGUUACAAUAACUCCAGCUCCGUCCUCAGACUUCACUCUUAAAGCCUCCUCUGAUGAUCAGUAUUCAUCCUGUCUAUGUGCUAAUGGAAGAAAAACAUUUAAAUGGAUUCUCACUCCUUCUGUUCUUGGAGUGUUGAAUAUUACAGUGAGUGCAGAGGCAGAGCAGUCACAGACUGUGUGUGACAAUGAGAUUGUGAGCGUGCCGGAGAGAGGACGCAUUGACACAGUCACACAAAGCCUUCAUGUAAACGCUGAAGGAGUUGAGAAGACUCAAAGCCAUAGCUGGUUCCUUUGCCCUAAGGGGCAAAAGCUCAUUGAGGAAAUAGAACUGGCAUUUCCCAAAAAUGUAAUUGAAGGAUCUGCAAGAUCUGCUGUUUCAGUCUUGG